AUGAAUGCGUCGACUUCGACGACCUUGUCUAAUGGAUUCGUGCUCGAUUUUGUGGGAGUUGGUAACGAAAUACCGAGAAAAUCACACGUACAUUGAGGAUUUUGCAGGUGAAAUUGAGUUUCCAGAGUACAAUAGUGCGGAGUAUUGGGGCAGAGAAGUGCCCUUCGCCGCCUUCAUUUCCAUAUAUUGCUCGUUUUUCAUAGUCCUUCAGAUUCUCGUCAUGCGGGUCAUGAUAACUGAUAAAGAUUUGAAGAAACUGCCCGCUUUUCAGGUACCCCCUGUGAAGUGUUCUUACUAUUCUGAAACUUCAGAUAAUGUUCAUGAUUUCACUCUUCGAUACAAUACAAUUGUUUGUCCAUUUAACUGCCGUUUUCUAUAUUCUCAACUCGAAACCUCACUUUGAUCUCCCAGAUUUUGUAAUAUUGUCCCUCACAUUAUCACAAAUCAAAUUUGAAAUUUCACAGAUUAUUGGAGCGGGAAUGAAUGCUUCAUGGGUUUCUAUGCUUAUUCUGAGCAUUCUUCUCAAUGUAAACCGCCUCAUUUCCAUCGUCUUUCACUUCCAAUCCAGCAGAAUAUUCGGUUCUCUGAACAUGAAAGUGAGUUCAAACCCUCUGUGCAAUCUGCCCAUUCACAGUUUUCAUUCCAGAUCUAUUUCCUCUUUAUAAUUCUAAUCUGGAGCAUUGUCUUCUUUUUGAAUGCGUUCGGUCUCAGCCGAAUGGUCUAUCUGCUGCCUGCGUACACGUGGCAUUAUGCCGUGAGUCGAACGAAGUCGAACCGUUUCGUGUGCAACGAGAGCCGAUUCCCACCUGAAAACGUUCUCUUUCCAGGCAUCCAACUCACUUUCGGCUGUUCUGAGAACCGUCAGUGCGGACAUCUCUCUCGUCGACGUUCUUUUCUCACUCGUGGCUCAUCUGUCCAUCUUCAGCUAUAUUUACUUGGUAGCCCAUCUCACAAACCCUCAACCAUUUCCAUUUCUCAUUUAGAAAGCUGCCCUUCUAUCCAGAAAAGAGUUCAUUCUGACCGUCCAAGUGCUGUGCGUUUCCAUCUUUCACAUCCUCGGCUAUGUCACGUGGGAGUACCUUCCGAUCCCCUGGGAACUGCCGAUCGGAGUGUUCCUCGGUCAUUUCGUCUGGAUGCUCUGGAACUCGAUCAAUCCUAUGCUGUACUUUCUCAUCAACCCGUACGUCUCCUUCUAUUUCUCUUCCCAAUACUCAUUCUGGAAUCAUUCAGACGCAUCCGCAAUCUCGUGCUCGCCUCGAUCGGAAAGCAAGUGGAAGUGAGUGGACGGACCCUGUUCGUGCCUUCCCACGUGUCAACAGUCCGUCAAUCUGGGGCAAAGGUGUAG